AAGGAAGAAGGAAGGAAGAAGGAAGGGAGAAGAAAGAAGGAAGAAGGAGGGAGAAGAAAGAAGGAAGAAGGAGGGAGAAGAAAGAAGGAAGAAGGAGGGAGAAGAAAGAAGGAAGAAGGAGGGAGAAGAAAGAAGGGAGAAGGAGGGAGAAGAAAGAAGGGAGAAGGAGGGAGAAGAAAGAAGGGAGAAGGAGGGAGAAGAAAGAAGGAAGAAGGAGGGAGAAGAAAGAAGGAAGAAGGAGGGAGAAGAAAGAAGGAAGAAGGAGGGAGAAGAAAGAAGGAAGAAGGGGGGAGAAGAAAGAAGGAAGAAGGAGGGAGAAGAAAGAAGGAAGAAGGAGGGAGAAGAAAGAAGGAAGAAGGAGGGAGAAGAAAGAAGGAAGAAGGAGGGAGAAGAAAGAAGGGAGAAGGAGGGAGAAGAAAGAAGGAAGAAGGAGGGAGAAGAAAGAAGGAAGAAGGAGGGAGAAGAAAGAAGGAAGAAGGAGGGAGAAGAAAGAAGGAAGAAGGAGGGAGAAGAAAAAAGGAAGAAGGAGGGAGAAGAAAAAAGGAUGAUGGAGGAAGAAGGAGAAGAAGAAGAAGAAUCCAUACACAGUGUGCUGUCGAUGUCAGAAAUGAACUCACACACACAAAAGUAACAAAAAAUUUGAAACAAUCUAACAGUUGCACACAACCAACAGUCAUUAACAUGUUCCUGUGCAGGAAAACAAUUCAACAAAUUCAAGAAAAUCAAGAAUUAGGAAACUACACUGGAUGA